AUUUCCGAAUCAUCUCUGUUGCUUUCUUUCUCGACUCUCAGAUCAUACUCAGGCAUUCUACAGUCCCUACCCCUCCAUACCUCCAUACCUCCGUAGUCUACACCUCACCGUCCACACACCACAAUGCCUUCCUUCUCUCAAGCUGUCGAGCUUCCUGCCUGGAAGGAGCUUCAGGACCACCAUGGCUCCGUGGGCCGCAAUAUCGUGCUCAAGGAGUGUUUCGAGAAAGAUCCCCAACGCUUCGAAAAGUUCAGCCGUACCUUCCAGAAUACCGUCGACAACAACGAGAUCCUCUUCGAUUUCUCCAAGAACUUCCUAACUGAAGAGACCCUUGCCCUUCUGGUCAAGCUGGCUAAGCAAGCUGGGGUCGAGGAGCUCCGCGACCAGAUGUUCGCUGGCGAGCCCAUCAACUUCACUGAGAACCGUGCAGUCUACCACGCUGCUCUGCGUAAUGUUAGCAACCAGCCAAUGCAGGUCAAUGGCAAGAGCGUUGUUGAGGAUGUCAACUCCGUCCUCGAGCACAUGAAGGAGUUCUCCGAGCAAGUGAGGAGUGGCGAGUGGAAGGGUUACACUGGCAAGAAAAUCAAUACUAUCAUCAACAUUGGCAUCGGUGGUUCUGACCUCGGCCCUGUCAUGGUUACUGAAGCCCUCAAACCCUACGGCCACCCUGAUCUCAAGCUGCACUUCGUCUCCAACAUUGACGGCACACACAUCGCUGAGGCCUUGAAGGACUCAGAUCCUGAGACCACACUGUUCUUGAUCGCGUCCAAGACCUUCACCACCGCUGAGACCACUACCAACGCCAACACUGCGAAGUCAUGGUUCCUUGAGCAUGCAAAGGAUGGCGCCCACAUCGCCAAGCACUUCGUCGCUCUUUCUACCAACGCAGAGGAGGUCGCCAAAUUUGGCAUUGACACCAAGAACAUGUUCGGUUUUGAGUCAUGGGUUGGUGGUCGCUACUCAGUCUGGAGUGCGAUUGGUCUGUCCGUUGCCCUCUACAUUGGCUACGACAACUUCCACCAGUUCCUUGCCGGUGCACACGCCAUGGACAAGCACUUCCGCGAGACUCCUCUGGAGCAGAACAUCCCCGUUCUCGGCGGUCUUUUGAGCGUCUGGUACAGUGACUUCUUCGGUGCUCAAACCCAUCUCGUUGCUCCUUUCGACCAAUACCUGCACCGCUUCCCCGCCUACCUCCAGCAACUUUCCAUGGAGAGCAACGGAAAGGCCAUCACCCGUACCGGCGAAUAUGUCAAAUACACUACCGGCCCUGUCUUGUUCGGCGAGCCCGCUACCAACGCCCAGCACAGCUUCUUCCAGCUGCUCCACCAGGGCACCAAGCUCAUCCCCGCCGACUUCAUCAUGGCCGCUGAGUCGCACAACCCUGUUGAGGGUGGAAAGCACCAGCGCAUGCUGGCCUCGAACUUCCUCGCCCAGUCUGAGGCACUGAUGGUCGGAAAGACCCCUGAGCAGGUCAAGGCCGAGGGUGCUGCUGACAACCUGGUGCCUCACAAGACCUUCCUUGGUAACCGCCCGACGACCUCCAUUCUGGCCCAGAAGAUUACACCCGCCGCCCUGGGCGCUCUCAUCACUUACUAUGAGCACCUGACCUUCACAGAAGGAGCUAUCUGGAACAUAAACUCCUUCGACCAGUGGGGUGUCGAGCUCGGCAAGGUCCUCGCGAAGAAGAUUCAGAAGGAACUGGAAACCGAGGGCGAGGGCAGUGGUCACGACUCCUCCACCAGUGGUCUACUCCUCGCCUUCAAGAAGAAGGCGAAGCUUGCGUAGCGCCCCUUUUAUUUUGGCCCUAGGGAGAAAAGCAGAAAAGUUGUGAAUAAUUGACGAGAACAUGAGUGGUACAUCUUCGGUGUUUUUUCUUUGGUCUUCGGAAUCAAAUGUUUAAUAAUACGAUAG